UUAACUUAAUUUCUGUUAUCCAAUGCUUUUUUAGCAAUAUCCAAAUAUAUCACCUUUGUUUGGAGACUCUCUGCUUAAAGUGUCCUUACAUCUUUACACAAACAAAGACUCAAAUCGUUGCUUCUUGGAAUUCCAAAAGAAAUUGAAUAGUUUUCGGAAUGAGUAAGUAGGUGUGGAACAUUGCUCUAGAAGCAUAUAUUAUUAUUCCUUCUUGUGGCUGACUUUUAUAUGUUUAGCUGAUCUGCCUGACCUUGAAAAGCCACCAAAAGCCUAAUCAUGAAUACUAGGCUAAAAUCUUUAAAUGUUCUAGAGAACAGUUUGAGUAGAGAAGUUACAUUCAUGAAUGAAUUUGUGUCAUACUCUGUCAGAAAUCUAAUUUCUUCAACCUAAAAUGAUUCAAGUUAUUAAUA